AUGUUGUUAAAAAAUAUCACUAAAUGUAAUGAUCAUCAAUUAGCUCAAAUCAUUGAAUUUUCUAAUCGUCUUGUUAGUGUUAAUAAUGGGAUUAUUACUAAUGAUCAUUUAUUAACACAAGAAGAGCAUCAGAUAGAUACAGUAGAUUUAGAACAACAAAUGCCUCCAAUGAUUGAAACACAUCCUGAUAUUCAUAACGAAUCUCAAAAAGACAAAGCUGAUCAAAUUUCACAUCCACUCAAUUAA